AGACUGCAACCACCACCCGGCAGGGCUGCAUCCUAGAGCUGCGCGCCUGAGCCUUCGCCAUGACUACCCUGCUGGGAGCCGCCAUUGGAGGAGCUCUGGCAGUGUGCGCUGUGCCUUUCGCGCUGACCACUGCGGGCUUCACCGCGACCGGGAUCGCAGUUUCCUCCGUGGCCGCGAAAAUGAUGUCGGCCGCAGCCAUUGCCAACGGGGGUGGGGUUGCGGCGGGAGGCCUGGUGGCCACCCUGCAGUCCAUUGGGGCAGCUGGACUCUCCACAUCAUCCAAC